AUGAAUCUUGACUCCUAAGGUAAAAACGAAACAACAAAAACAAAAUCAGCUUCUCUUUUUGCUCCUUUGUAUUUGAACUAACUUCAGAAAAGCAUGUUUCAGAAAAUAAUUCUCACAUUUUACCUAGUAAGCACUCCCCAAAAUGAUGACUAGGAAAUAAUUCUUCUGGAAAUAAUAGUACUGAGAAUUCAAAAGAGGAGCAGUUGUUCUGUGAGCAGUGGGAUGGCCAGAGCCAUUUUAGUCACAAGUGCAGAACAGCAUCUGUGGAAGCCCACACUUCCAGAUUGUGAUGAUACCUGCUGGUUGCCAUGGCAGGUGUAAAGCAGUGUGGGCCAUUGCCAGCUCACAAUGGGAACCUGAACUCUGGUUCUAUAAAUGUAAUUACCUGAAGCAGUCAGCAGUCCAAAAUUGAUUUCUCUUCACCUUCAUGUUAUAUUCUUGGAAUGAUAAAGGUCUGGAAGAAGGGUUGGCAAACAACUGCCCGUGGGCCGAGUCUAACCUGCUACCUAUUUUGUCCUGAUCACAACUCAAGAAACCAAUGUGGAGAUUUUGCCAUCCACCAAGAUAUCCAUUUGAAUCAGACGUUUGGAGACUAGACAAAUGACUACAGGCUGUGUCCAUGGAAUAAGUGAUCUCACUCUGAGUUGGAUCCGGGACAGGACUACAUUUAUCAUCUUACUCCCAUACCCAUCAAUCUAAUAAGGCUGGAACUAUAUCUGCGAAGAACUCUGCUUUCCUGCUCCCAGCUGCGAACGCCGCCCUCCACACGUGGCCCUGCAGCUGUUUGAGUGCAAUGGUCUUUCGAUCCAGGUACAUCUGCCAGCACACAUAUCUACCACGGCCUGGAUCAUCUGUUGCGGAUCAUCCACUCCACUCUCAGACGCUGCAGAGAUAGGAACAGUCCAACCAGCUGGGCGUCCUCUUCAGCCUGUUUUCUCCAAAGACUGACCUCCCGCUGGCCUCUUCUUCCCACUGUGUCUGCAGAUACUCUUUAACAUUUUCUUUGAGGAGUGUACAUACGGUUGGGGACAGAAGAGAAUGGUGAUCAAGGCAUUUCAGAUGGAAGCCGUUUAUGGCACUGGAAACAUUUAUGAGCUACUCUACUCCACUUUGACUGUAGUGUGACAUCCCUGCCUGCCUGAGGAAGAAACAAUGAGCAGGGACUGCAACUGCAGACAAGUGUCACCCAGAAGCCACAAGUUUCUGUAAGCAUCAGGCCUACAGACUACCCAAGGCAUAGCAAUGGCAUUAUCUCUGGAAGAAUUCGUCCACUCUCUGGACCUCAGGACCCUACCCAGGGUUCUAGAAAUCCAGGCAGGCAUCUAUUUUGAAGGCUCUAUUUAUGAAAUGUUUGGAAAUGAAUGCUGUUUCUCGACAGGAGAAGUGAUUAAAAUUACUGGUCUCAAAAUUAAGAAGAUCAUAGCUGAAAUUUGUGAACACAUUGAAGGUUGUGAGUCUCUACAGCCAUUUGAACUGCCUAUGAAUUUUCCAGGUCUUUUUAAGACUGUGGCUGAUAAAACUCCAUAUCUUACUAUGGAAGAAAUCACAAGGACCAUUCAUAUUGGACCAAGUAGACUAGGGCAUCCUUGCUUUUAUCAUCAGAAGGAUAUAAAACUAGAGAACCUCAUCAUAAAGCAAGGUGAGCAAAUCAUGCUCAACUCAGUUGAAGAGAUCGAUGGAGAAAUAAUGGUGAGCUGUGCAGUGGUAAGGAAUCAUCAAAAUCAUUCAUUUAAUAUGCCUUUGUCACAAGAAGGAGAAUUCUACGAGUGUGAAGAUGAACGUAUUUAUACUCUAAAGGAGAUUGUUGAAUGGAAGAUUCCCAAGAACAGAACACGAACUGUAAAACUUACAGAUUUUUCAAAUAAGUGGGACUCAAUGAAUCCAUUUCCUAAAGACUUUUAUGGUACCCUGAUUCUCAAGCCUGUUUAUGAAAUUCAAGGUGUGAUGAAAUUUCGAAAGGAUGUAGUCCGCAUCCUCCCCAGUCUAGAUGUCGAAGUCAAAGACAUCACUGAUUCUUCUGAUGCUAACUGGUUUCUUCAGCUGUUAUCAACACAAGACCUUUUUGAAAUGACCAGUAAAGAGUUCCCCAUAGUGACUGAAGUCAUAGAAGCACCUCAAGGAAACCACCUGCCCCAAAGCAUUUUACAGCCUGGAAAAACCAUUGUGAUUCACAAAAAGUACCAGGCCUCAAGAAUCUUAGCUUCAGAAAUUAGAAGCAAUUUUCCUAAAAGACACUUCUUGAUCCCCACAAGCUAUAAAGGCAAGUUCAAGCGGCGACCGAGGGAGUUCCCAACGGCCUAUGACCUAGAGAUCGCUAAGAGUGAAAAGGAGCCUCUUCAUGUGGUGGCCACCAAAGCCUUUCAUUCCCCUCAUGACAAGCUGUCAUCUGUAUCAGUUGGGGACCAGUUUCUGGUGCAUCACUCAGAGAUGGCUGAAGUCCUGUGUGAGGGAAUAAAAAAAGUGGUGAAUGUUCUGGCCUGUGAAAAAAUUCUCAAAAAAUCCUAUGAGGCAGUGCUGCUCCCUUUGUACAUGGAAGGAGGUUUUGUAGAGGUGAUUCAUGAUAAGAAGCAGUACCCAAUUUCUGAGCUCUGUAAGCAGUUCCGCUUGCCCUUCAAUGUGAAGGUGUCUGUCAGGGAUCUUUCCAUUGAAGAGGACGUGCUGGCUGCUACACCAGGACUGCAGUUGGAGGAGAACAUCACAGACUCUUACCUACUCAUAAGUGACUUUGCCAACCCUGCGGAGUGCUGGGAAAUUCCUGUGGGCCGCUUGAAUAUGACUGUUCAGUUAGUUAGUAAUUUCUCUAGGGAUGCAGAACCAUUUCUAGUCCGGACUCUGGUAGAAGAGAUCACUGAAGAGCAAUAUUACAUGAUGCGGAGAUAUGAAAGCUCAGCCUCACACCCUCCACCUCGCCCUCCCAAACACCCCUCAGUAGAAGAAACAAAGUUAACCCUGCUAACCUUAGCAGAAGGAAGGACUGCGGACCUGCCCAAGUCUCCCAAGGAUGUUAUAUGCUGAUGGACCAGUCAAGAUUACAUGUUCUGCUCUGGAGAUAGGUAUGUACUUCAUUCAGUUCACAUGGACUAAAAAGCAAGAGGGAUGUCACUUAAAUGAGAGUUUGGACUUUGCUGGAAGAAGGGGAAAUGCAAAUAGGGGAGAUAAUAUUUUUUAAUACUUUAAGUUCUGGGAUACAUGUGCAGAGCAUGGAGGUUUGUUACAUAGGUAUACACAUGCCAUGGUGGUUUGCCACACCCAUCAACCUGUCAUCUACAUUAGGUAUUUCUCCUAAUGCUAUCCCUCCCCUAGACUCCCACCCCCAACAUGUCCCAGUGUGUGAUGUUCCCUUCCCUGUGUCCAUGCGUUCUCAUUGUUCAACUCCCACUUGUGAGUGAGAACAUGUGGUGUUUGGUUUUUCUGCUGAGAAUGAUGGUUUCCAGCCUGACUCAUGUACCUGCUAAGGACAUGAACUCAUCCUUUUUAUGGCUGCAUAGUAUUCCUUGGUGUAUAUGUGCCACAUUUUCUUCAUACAGUCUGUCAUUGAUGGGCAUUUGGGUUGAUUCCAAAUCUUUGCUAUUGUGAACAGUGCUACAAUAAACAUACAUGUGCAUGUGUCUUUAUAGUAAGAAUGAUUUAUAAUCCUUUGCAUAUAUACCCAGUAAUGGGAUUGCUGGGUCAAAUGAUCCUUGAGGAAUCACCACACUGUCUUCCACAACAGUUGAACUCUAAUUUACACUCCCACCAACAGUGUAAAAGCAUUCUAUUUCUCUACAUCCUCUCCAGCAUCUGUUUUUUUCCUCACUUUUUGAUGAUCAUCGCUCUGACAAGAUGAUAUCUCAUUGUGGUUUUUAUUUGUAUUUCUCUACUGACCAGUGAUGAUGAGGUUUUUUUCAUGUUUGGUGGCCACUUAAAUGUCUUCUUUGGAGAAGUGUCUGUUUAUAUCCUUUGCCCAUGUUUGGAUGGGGUUGUUUCUUUCUUGUGUAAAUUUGUUUAAAUUCUUUGUAGAUUCUCAAUAUUAGCCCUUUGUCAGAUGAAUAGAUUGCAAAAAUUUUCUCCCAAUGAGUAGGUUGCCUGUCCACUCUGAUGAUCGUUUCUUUUGCUGUCCACAAGCUCUUUAGUUUAAUGAGAUCCUAUUUGUCAAUUUGGGCUUUUGUUGCCAUUGCUUUUGGUGUUUUAGUCAUGAAGUCCUUGCCUAUGCCUAUGUCCUGAAUGGUAUAGCCUAGGUUUUCUUCUAGGGUUUUUAUGGUUUUAGGUCUUACAUUUAAGUCUUUAAUCUAUCUUGAGUUAAUUUUUGUACAAGGUGUAAGGAAGGGGUCCAGUUUCAGUUUUCUGCAUAUCGCUAGCCAGUUUUCCCAACAGCAUUUAUUAAAUAGGGAAUUCUUUCCCCAUUGCUUGUUUUUGUCAGGUUUGUCAAAGAUUGGUUGGUUGUAGAUGUGUGGCAUUAUUUCUGAGGCCUCUGUUUUGUUCCAUUGGUCUAUAUAUAUGCUUUGGUACCAGUACCAUGUUGUUUUAGUUACUGUAGCUUUACAGUAUCAUUUGAAGUCAGGUAGCAUGAUGCCACCAACUUUGUUCUUUUUGCUUAGUAUUGUCUUGGCUAUCUGGGGUCUUUUUUAGUUUCAUAUCAAAUUUAAAGUUGUUUUUUUCUCGUUCUGUGAAAAAGUCAAUGGUACCUUGAUGGGGAUAGCAUUGAAUCUGUAAAUUACUUUGGGCAGUAUGGCCAUUUUCACAAUAUUGAUUCUUCCUGGUUAUGAGCAUGAAAGAGGAGGUGGAGUGGCCGAAUAGGAACAGCUCCAGUCUGCAGCUCCCAGCGAGAUCAAUGCAGAAGGAGGGUGAUUUCUGCAUUCACAAUUGAGGUAACAGGGUCAUCUUAUUGGGACUGGUUGGAUAGUGGAUGCAGCCCACAAAUGCUGAGCCAAAGCAGGGUGGGGUGUUGCCUCACCCAGAAAAUGCAGAGGGUUGGGGAACUUCCUCCCCUAGCAAAGGGAAGUUAUGAGGGACUGUGCUGUGGGAAACAGUACAUUCCAGCCUGGAUACAACCCUUUUCCCACAGUCUUUGCAACCCGCAGACUAGUAGAUUACCUCGGGGCCCUGGUUUUCAAGCACAAAACUGAGUUGUCCUUUGGGCAGACACCAAGCUAGCUGCAAAAGUUGUCUUUUUUUUUUUUUGUACCCAUCUGGUACCUGGAAAGCCAAAGACAGAAUCGUUCACUCCCCUGAAAAGGGGACUGAAGCCAGGGAGCCAAGUGAUCUAGCUCAGUGGAUUCCCACCUCCAUGGAGCCCAGCAAGCUAAGAUCCACUGGCUUGAAAUUCUCUUGAAAUUCUUGCUGCCAGCACAGCAGUCUGAAGUCAACCUGGGAUGCCCCAGCUUCUUGGAGGGGGUGGGGCAUCCAUCAUUACUGAGGCUUGAGUAGGCAGUUUUCCCUUCUCGGUGUAAACAAAACUGCUGGGAAGUUCAAACUGAGUGUAGCCCACCACAGCUCAGCAAACUGCUGUAGCCAGACAGCCUCUCUAGAUUCCUUCUCUCUGGGCAGAGCAUAUUAUCGGUGCAGCUUCAGCAGACUUAAAUGUUCCUGCCAGUCAGCUCUGAAGAGAGCAGUAGAUUUCCCAGCACAGUGCUCGAGCUCUGCUAAGGGACAGACUGCCUCCUCAAGUGGGACUCUGAUCCCCAUGCCUCCUGACUGGGAAACACCUCCCAGCCGGGGUGGACAGACACUGCACACAGGAGAGCUCCAGCUGGCAUCUGGCAGGUGCCCCUCUGGGACAAAGCUUACAGAGGAAGAAACAGGCAGCAAUCUUUGCUCUUUGGCAGCCUCUGCUGGUGACACCCAGGCAAACAGGCUCUGAAGUAGACCUCCAGCAAACUCCAGUAGACCUGCAGCAGAGGGGCCCAACUGUUAGGAAAACUAACAAACAAAAGGGAAUAGCAUCAACAUCAACAGAAAGGACAUCCACAUAGAAAACCAUCUGAAGGUCUCAAAUAUCCAAGACCAAAGGUAGAUUAAAUCCAUGAAGAUGAGGGGAAAAAAACAGUGCAAAAAGGCUAAAAAUUCCAAAAACCAGAAAGCCUCUCCUUAUCUAAAGGAUCACAACCUCCUCGCCAGCAAGGGAACAAAUUAGACAGAGAAUGAGUUUGAUGAAUUGACAGAAGUAGGCUUCAGAAGGUGGGUAAUAACAGACUCUGCCGAGCUAAAGGAGCAUGUUCUAACCCAAUGCAAAGAAGCUAAGAAUCUUGAAAAAGGUUAGAGGAAUUGCUAACUAGAAUAACCAGUUUAGAGAAGAACAUAAGUUACCCGAUGGAGCUGAAAAACAUAGCAUGAGAACUUUGUGAAGCAUAUACAAGUAUCAAUAGCUGAAUCAAUUAAGCAGAAGAAAGGAUAUCAGAGAUUUUAAGAACAACUUAAUAAAAUAAAGCAUAAAGACAAGAUUAGAGAACAAAGAAUAAAAAGGAAUGAACAAAGCCUUGAAGAAAUAUGGGACUAUGUGAAAAGACCAAACCUACGUUUGAUUGGUGUACCUGAAAAUGACAGGGAGUAAGGAACCACGCUGGAAAACAGUCUUCGGGAUGUUAUCCAGGAGAACUUCCCCAACCUAGGAAGGCAGGCAAACAUGCAAAUUCAGGAAAUAUGGAAAACACCACAGAGAUACUCCUUGAGAAGGGGAACUCCAAGACACAUAAUUGUCAGAUUCACCAAGGUUGAAAUGAAGGAAAAAGUGUUAAGGGCAGCCAGAGAGAAAGGUCAAGUUAACCACAAAGGGAAGCCCAUCAGACUAACAGCAGAUCUCUUGGCAGAAAACCUACAAGCCAGAAGAGACUGGUGCCAAUUUUCAACAUUCUUAAGGAAAAUAAUUUUCAACCUAGAAUUUCAUAUCCAGCCAAAAUAAUUCUUUACAGACAAGCGAAUGCUGAGAGGUUUUGUCAGCACCAGUACCCCCUAACAAGAGCUCCUGAAGGAAGCACUAAAUAUGGAAAGGAAAAACUGGUACCAGCCACUGCAAAAACAUACCAAAUUGUAAAGACCAUUGACAGUAUGAAGAAACUGCAUCAACUAAUGGGCAAAAUAACCAGCUAGCAUUAUGAUAGCAGGAUCAAAAUCACACAUAACAAUAUUAACCUUAAAUGUAAAUGGGCUAAAUGCCCCAAGUAAAAGACACGGACUGGCAAAUUGAAAAAUGAGUCAAGACCCAUCAGUGUGCUGCAUUCAGGAGACCCAUUUCACAUGCAAAGACACACAUAGGCUCAAAAUAAAGAGAUAGAGCAAGAUUUACCAAGAAAAUGGAAGGCAGAAAAGAAAGGGGGGAAUUGCAAUCCUAGUCUCUGAUAAAACAGACUUUAAACCAACCAAAAUCACAAAAGACAAGUGCAUUACAUAAUGAUAAAGGGAUCAAUGCAACAAGAAGAGCUAACUAUACUAAAUAUACAUGUACCUAAUGCAGGAGCACCCAGAUUCAUAAAGCAAGUUCUUGGAGACCUACAAAGAGACUUAGACUCCCACACAAUAAAUAGUGGGAGAGUUUAAUGCCCCACUGUCAAUAUUAGACAGAGUAAUGAGACAGAAAAUUAACAAGUUUAUUCAGAGGAGAUACAUUUUUGAUGGAAAAGUUAUCAUAGGAGAAGUAUACUUUUAGAGCUGCUCCUUAUGAAACAGAAAUUUUUUAACUAUUAGGAAAAUUGAAGCUAUAUAAAACAGUAUAAUUAGAACAUUAUCUUUACAGGUGGUCUCAUUUAAAUGACUCUUACUGGUGGAGCAACUAAAGGCCAGAGAGGUCAUGAAAUGUUUUCUAUAUUAUGCAGCUUUAACUAAUUUGAUUUGCAGAUUGACAAGCUCCACUAUUUUUGAUAAAAAGGGAUUUUGAGCUUCAAUUCAUACCCAUAUUAUAGCACUUACUACACAACAUUAGAAAUACGGGUUUUCACUGGAGCUCUUUUAAUCAGAGAGGGUAUCUUAUUCUGUGGAAUGUAGUAUAUUUUUCAGUGACUUAAAAUUUUAUUUGGUAAAUUAAUGAGCAAAAUAAAAUGAGUGAUGAUUAACUCCAUAGGAUUGGCAAAUCCAGAAGACUAUGUUAAUCUAAUCAUCUCUUCCCCAAAACUGACUUGAAAAUGCUACUUGUAUGUCUCUGUCUCUGGAAGAUAAUGCAUAAAUAAAUUCAAACUUGAUGUGAAGUCACUGAGAGAUUUGAGGAUGGUGUGACGUUAAGGGGCAUGUAUCUAAACUGAGACUCUAUUUGAAGAUAUAGUUUAUCAUUGUUUAAUGCCUAAAGAAUGAUCAGUCAGGGAGAAGGGCUUUUAAUUCCUUCUGAAAGAUGAUAAAGUCAAAAGUAAGUGAGGUCAGGCACUUAGAGGAAUAUGUUGAACCCUGAAUGUGCUCAGUAACUAUCUUUUUGAUGAACUGACUGAUCCUCACAUGUAGGCAGUCUGCAGUUUCAGUUUGCUGGAGAAAUUUUUCUUCAUGGAGGCUCUGCCUUGUUUCUCAGGAGAGAGAGAAUGUUGUAAUAACUUAGUAUGUGCCUCCUGCAGAUGUAACACAUGAAGUUGCUCCUGAAUUAGAUGAAUCUUCUUCUGUGCAAUAUAAUAAAAUUAGCAUCAUAAAAUGAAAGCUUGGGUUCAAGCAAAUUGAUAGAUUUUAUUUCUUUAUUCUCCAAUUUCUUCCAUUUUGUUAAAAAAUUUUUUCUACUUGAGUGACUUUUAGUACUAGACUUUAAUAAACAAUAUAGUCAGGCUGGAUGAAGUACUUACUGUCAUAUAUAACUUACUAAAAAUAAAAUACAAAACUGCACACAUAAGGAAAAUGAAACAUUACACUCUGGGGACUUCCUUUUAAUGAACAUAUGGCUUAUAUAUGACAAAAAAGAAAAAAAAUCGCUGUUGUGGCAUACUGUAGGAUGUCUGCCUGCUCUAAAUGGGCUGGCAAAUUUUAAAAAAUUAAACAUGAGAAAUGUUCAAAUUUAUCCAAUAAGUAGACUCCCUGAAAGAGGUAUCGUCUAUAAUCACAUUAAAUGUAAAUGGAUAAACACUUCAAUAAAAGGCAGAAAUUGUUAGACUGAAUAAAAGAAAUUGAGACCCAACUACACAUUGUCUACAGAUAAUGUAUUUUAAUUAUAAAAACACAUGUUGACAGUAAAAGAAUGGAAACAGAUGUUCGUUGAUUAUAUAUAUAAAUCUACCAUUGAGAAGGAGGAAAACUAGCUCAUUUAAAAAAAUCCAGUUGAGUUCCAAAUUCAUUUUCUAUAUUUUGUGCUAUAGGGAAGAUUAUCUGAAGACAUCUUUCUUUUAUAUUUGCUUCUGUUUGUUAGAUAGAACUGACUGAUUUGCUACAUUUGAGCAUGGGUUUUGAAAUAUACAUUCAUACAUAUAAUUAUUUAUUCACUCAAUAAUUCCUCCAGCAUUUGCUGAAAAAUGCCUUCAGCACUGAGAAUGCAUUGAGAUUUCUACAUUCAUUUUAGGUGUAUCUUCAUUUAACAAAAUUCUGGAAACUAACCCAGUUGUGUUUUUGCAUUUGUACAUUUGUCAAGUUCCAACUUUUGUGAUCGUAAGUAGAACAGCAUUCCUACAAUCUUGAUUGUGCAAAGAGUAGAUUCUUGUGAUUCAUAUGUUGAGGAGCCUAUUCACCCCUCUGGAAACAAUUAUAGAAUUCUGGAUGUCUUCGGCCUUUCCACAUGUACUCUAAAAUGAAAAAGCGAUCUUUAGCAAAUUCUAUUCAGAGAACCCAAGUGGUGUUUUAAAAGUAGUAAACAAAUAACCACUCUUUUUAUCAUGUAAAUAAUUCUUAAUUGAAUAUGCAAGCCUGGAAGAAUGUAUAGAUAACCAAGCCUAGCUCAAGCACAGUGGUAUUCAUCCAUCAUCUGGUAAGCAGCCCUUGCUUUCCAGCUCUCAGUCCAGCACUAAAAACAGUUUUCAUAAUCUUAAAGAGUAAUUAGCAUGCUAAUCCCAGAUAGCCAGAAUUGUCUUUUUAAUUAACAAUAGAAUUGUUUGAAUAAAGAUUUAGUCCUUAUUAGGCUAUCUAGUCAUACGACAAAUCUUUUCUCGGUCUUAUAUUUUCAGCCCUGGAAAUUUUCAUUGAAAAAUGUGUUUUCCUGAAUGUAAUAUCUCAGGUAUUAUUAUGAAGAAUGGCCUAUAUAUAAAAGUGGCAUAAUAUUAUUUGAAACAUCUCUGCCACAAAUUGUAAAUCAAUAUAGUAAACCUAAAGCAACCUCUAAAAAUAGAUAAAUGAGGUAAAGCUAAUAAGAUAAUUGUAUAGACAAAGCAAAAUCUGAAAAUAUUUGCAAUUAAUGCAAGGCAGGAAAUAAGUAAAAAAGUAAAAAUGAAACAAGCAGAAAAAAAACCAAGGUGUUAAAUUUAAACUUAAACACAUUAAUAACCACUUUAUUAAUGGGUAAAUACUCCAAUUUAAAAGCAGAAAUUUUCAAUAUAAGUAAAAAAUACUCAAUUGUAUGCUGAAUGCUGCCUACAGAAAGUGUAUUGUAAAAAUAAAAAUGCAGAAAGGUUAAAAGUGAAAGAAUGAGAAAAGAUAUAUAAUUGAAACAUUAUUCAAAAGAAAGCUGGAGACGCUAUAUAACAGACUUUAGGGCAAGAAAUAUUAAGAUAUAAAGAGGGAAAUUUUGUAACAAUAAUGAUCAAUUCAUCAAGAAGAUAUCACACUUCUUAUAUGUGUAUGCAAAUGUUAAAAUACAUGAAAUAAAAACAUUAAUGUAAAAAGAUAAAUAUGGAAAUCCACAAUUGUAGUUGAAAAUUUCAAUUUUCUCUAACAGUAAUUGAUAGAGAAAGUUUUUAAAAAGUUAGCUCAUGGAAUAAGUGAACAAACUGUCAUCUGAAUUGACCUAAGUGAUUUUAUAGAACACUGCAUUCUAAAAGAAUUUCUAAAAAAAAAAAAAAACGCAUUCCUCACAAAUAAAAGAAAAUUCACCAAGACGUAUAGCCAAUAUCUGUGUUAGUUAUCUAUUGUUGCAUAACAAAUUUUACCGAACUUAAUAAGUAAAAACAACAAACAUUCAUUAUGGCACAGUUUCUGUGAGUCAAGAAUCUGGGAGCAGCUUAACUGGGUGGUUCUGGCUAUGGGUCUUUUAUGAUGCUACUGCAGUUAAGAUAUCAGCCGGGGCUACACUCAUCAAAAUUGCUGACUCAGAGGGUUUCCACUUUCAAGGUCAUUCACCUGCCUUGGGGCAGCUCCAGAUGCUCUGCUCCAAGGUCAGUCACAUGAGCCUCUGCACGGAACAGUCACCCAAAAUGGCAACUGGCUUGCUCCCCCACCAACCCGCGAGUGAGAGGCCCAAGAAAGAGUAUCUAAGACAGAAGCUGUAGUCAUUUUAUAGCCUAAUUUCAGAAGUGAGAUUCCAGCACAUCUGCCUUAUUCUAUUUCCUAGAACUAUUCGCUAAAUGCAGCCUACAAUCAAAGUCAGGGGUUUCACAAGGACCUGAAUGCAGGAACCAGUGAUUACUGGUGGAUCAUCUUAAAAGCUGCCUACCACAGAAUAUAUGCUGGAACAUAAAAAAGUCUUGAAAAAUUUAGAAGCAUAGACAAAUUAUGGAGGUGCAUUCAUUGGCAACAAUAGAAUUGAUUAGAAAUAAAUGACAAAAAGUUAUACAGAAAAAUCCCCUGUUAUUUGGCAUUUGUUCAUAUACUUUUUAAAAAUGCAUGGGUCAAAGACAAAAAAUACAAAGAAAAUUAGAAAAUAAUUUAAACCAAUUGAAAAGAAAACAAUAUUCUACUGAAAAUGAAAACAAAAAUGUCAGAGAUACAUAUAUCUGGCAAAGUGCUUGAAUUUGUUAUAUACUUAAUAAACUCUUGACAAUAAGACAAACACAAUUUAAAAGUGAGAGAAAGAUUUGACCAGUCAUUUUACAAAAAGAACGUAAAUGACUCUCAAAAGCAUUAUGCUUUGCCACAGAAGCCAGAUAUUAAAGAGCAAAUACUGUAUAAUUUCAUUCAUACUGAAUUAUAGAAAGGCAAAACAGAAGAUCAUUUGUUGCCAGGGGUGAAGAAUAUUAACUGCAAAAAAAUGCAUGAAAUAAUUUUUGGGGGUGAUGGGAAAAAAUUCAGGGAAUAAGAUCAAACCCAGAGUGCUGCCAGUAGAAUUUCUGGCCACAGGCUCACGAUCAAACUAAAGCUAUGGUUGUAAUUUGGUUGUGAUUUCAGGAAAUUGUGGAAGAGGGUCUCAUUUUUUCUCUCAGUAGAAAAUGCUUCUAAGAAUUUUAAGGACAAGAUUCUGACUCUCUCUGCUGUGAGCUUCUGCAUCUUCACAAGUAACCCCAAAUAGAGAAAGACUCCACUCAGAGAAAUAGGUGGAUGUCACUUUUGUCUAAUGAAUUUGAUUAUAAUUUGUACAUAGUCCACAUAUUUUAAAAGGAAUUAUAAUGGCUUGUACUGAAAGGAACAGAUACUGCUCAAAACAUAAAAAGGCUUUUGAGUCCCCAACUUCCGAUGGGCAGGAAGCAGGCUAAGGGCACUACUCAGCUGCAAACGUGGGUCAUUUCUUAAGGAACAGAAGGAUGACUCAGAGGGUAGUGACUAGAGUUCAUAGUGAGUGGCCAGGCGUGUGUGACCACCCCAGGAACAUAUUUGGGUCCCAGUCAACAUAUACCCUACCUUCUGAGCCAGGUGAAAUGGUAGCUUGUUUCUACUGGAUCUCAGAAUUUUGUCAUCCCAGUGACUGCAAUGUUGUCACUGCAAUGCAGGACUCAUAUUGUCCUGCCUCUUUUUAAGUGGAGGUAUGUAUUGUGGCUCCCUAGAUCAUGUCUCCUCAUUGUAAGGUGGAAAUGUGAGGGCAUGUAGCUUGUUUCUUUAUUUGAUGGUCUUCUGAUCAAGAGGAAGUUCCACCCUAAUCCGACUAGCCUCAUCCUAUUUGCUUUAGAAUCUAGUUGCUAAAUACAGCAGCUUUUCUUGAUUUACACGAUGAGAUUCUGAACUUAAAGUAUAAUACCGAUGGUGAUGAGACUUUGGGGAUUUAGGGAGAUUGGUAAGUGUAUUUUGAAAGUGAGAGGAAAAUGCAUCAUCCUUGGCUAGAGGACUAAGUGUGGCAGUUACUCUCCCAAAAUGGCCCCAGUGAACCUCUUUUGGUCUCAGUUCUACCAUAGUAGAUAUGUACUAUCUCUGUGAUUUGCUUUAAGCAAUUGGAUGUCGUACAAGUGACUCUGGGCCAGUUUCUGGUGUAAGCCAUAAGAAGGCCUGGUAGCUUCUGCUUUGCUUUUUAGGAUAACCCCAUGACGCUGUAUGAAAAUGUUGACUAUUUUGUUGGAGAGUCGAGUUGGAGAUGCAGUUGUCACAGCAUCCCAGCAGCUGAGCUGAGAUACUCAGCUUUCUGCACAAAGUGCCAGGCAUGUAGUGAGACAUCUUGGAUGUUACAGACCCAGUUAGCAUCUCGGCCCAUGGAGCUGGGCCUAGUUGAUUCACAAAAUAGUGGAGAUGAUAAAAUGAUGUUUUUUUAAGCUACUAAGUUUUGGGGUGAUUUGUUAUUCAGCCAUAGAAUACUGGGCCUCUAAUAUAAGUCACUCACUAUAUAAGAACAUAAGGUUCUAUUAAAUAUAAAUGAAAAAGUUUGCUAAUUUUGAUUUCCUCACUUUGAAUUUUACUAAUCUUAAAUAUUUUUCUCUGACAUAAAUUUUAUUGGUAGCCACCCAUAUUAGAGCUUUGUACAUUGUUGUUGUAUUGAUUACUAUUCUUUAGGUUUUUUUGGCUUCUUUAUUAAGGUUGUGUUUUUCAAAGUUAAGUGACAGUUUAAGCCAUUUAUAGAUCUUGGCAGGAAAGAUGAUACCAGAUGUCACAUAUGUGAUGAAAAUACCCAUAAUCUUCUUGUUGUCAUGAAAAUAUAUUUUUAAAAUCCUUUAGCAGAAGUUUAGAUAUGUACUGAUAUAUCUGUCAUAGGGAAACAGAUAAUUUUUAAGAUACAUAAAGUAUUUUUAAGAUUUCUAAACAUUUUUCGGUGUUCUUUUAAUGGUGAAAAUUGGAUAAAAAGGCUUAAAUACGUUCUAAAAAUGUAAAUUCUUCUUGUGGAAGUUUCUAGCAUUAGAACCUGGCAUAUUAGCCAAGAUGAAAUAUAUCUGGAGUCUUUGUGAUGAUCAAAAAGAGUGACUCUUUAAUAAGCUGAUACUCCAAAAACUUUCUGAUAGGUCUCAAUGCUUCCACAUCGGUUUAAUUAUAUGAGACUAUUAUAAAGAGCUACAUUCUUUGUCUUAUUCCCCAAGGAAGUACCUUCCAGGGCAUAAUUCUGUUCUCUUAUCAGCAAAAUCUUGGGAUUACCUCUAGCUUCUUAAUUAUUUUUCUAUUCUCAAAAUCAUGCAAAAAGUUACUUAGAAGCUUUAGGUACUUGGUUUGAGUCAGCAUAUCUCUGUAUGCAUACAGACACUGCAUUCUGGAACUUAUCCAGUGCUAUCUAGUUGAUUUAACCUAACUUCAUUUUUAUGUUAAGUAGGUCAUGACUGGCAGAGCCAAGAGAAAUCUAAUAAACAAAUGUUAACUUUCCAUAGAGUAGGAAUUUCUUCAAGACUGAGCUGCCCCCCAAAUGCCAUCAAAAUUAAAAAAAAAAAUCUCUAAAUUAUUCACCAGAAUUUCUUACAUUUUCAGACUUCUCUGGGAGUAUAAUCAUCAUAAUAAUAUUGGAUUUGAAAGAUCCUACUUUUCUUUUAAGGGAAGAGCCAUCAGGAUUAGAAUCUGUUGGCAAGUAUGCCUACUAAAUAGGUUGAGUGUGUCGUCUUUGGCAAGACAGAAACAAGAAGAUAUGUGAGCGAUUCCGGCUGUACAAAAAUAAAGUAUCACAUCCAAGUUCUUUCUAAAGGAUAACACCAAGACCUUGAUUUUUAAGCAAUUAAAUUGGAAUAAAAACACUUUUUUAGCUCAGAUACUAAACUAUUCCUUAAAAAUUCUUAGUGAACAGAUGAACACUCUGGAAAAUAGACCAAUUAUCCUGUUUCUCCAUUGUAUGUUGAGAAGAAACACAAUAAAAAGAAAAUUUAUAGAAAUCUAAAUGACCAAUAAAUGUACAAAGCCCUGCCUAAUCUCACUAAAAGUCAAGAAUAUGCAACAUUUUAAAUAAGAUAUUUUAAUUCACCAGGGGUGAAAAUGAACAAAAACACUUUUAAUUAAGCAAUCAGAAAGUAUGAAAAAAAAUUAUAUUGUGCUUUGUAUGUGUACUUUUGAGCUAGCAAUUCCACUUAACAUUAUCUGUCUUAUAAAAAAAAUACCCAUAUGUGCACUCAUGAGACUAAACAUUGUUGCACUAUUUCACAAAAUGGGCACAUGGAACCAAUCUAGGUAUCUAUUAAUAGGAGGAUGAUUAAAUAAAUGAGAAAAAUCUAUACUAUAAAGCAUUUUAGAAGAAUACAUUAAAGACAGAUUUAGAUAUAUUGAAGAAAAGGUGACCAAGAUAUUAAGUAAAAAAGCAAGUUGCAAAACAAAAUACUGUCUUUUUUAUUUUUUUAUUAUUAUUAGAACCUGCAGCUAUAUUACAUAGGUAUACACGUGCCAUGGUGGUUUGCUGCACCCAUCACCCCAUCAUCUACAUUAGGCAUUUCUCUUAAUGCUAUCCCUCCCCUAGCCAUACAUUUCCAUAUGAUUAUAUAUGCCUUAUGAUACUUGUAUAUGAUAUGAUGUACAUGUACCAUACUGAUUGCAGUAACCAUUGGGGAAGGAAGUGGAAGAUAUAGUGGGGCAAGGGCUAUACAUAUAAUAACUAUAAUUAUGGAGAAGUCAAAAGGAUGGGGGAAAAUCCAUGGUGUAACUUGAAAUAAUCUCAUCAUUGGUUUUAAGCAAUCAAUGCUUAAGUGAAUUGGAAUUAAUUAUUUUCACAGUUCUAACUUCCAACAUGACGUUUGUAUUUGGCAUAGAAUAUAAAGGUAACUUUUAAGGGCCUUUGUCUAAUGAACCAGAAAUAAAACUUUCCUAAAUCAAAACAACAAGCAUGAUUGGCUGUAGAGAAGAAUGCCGACUGCUUAAGCUUUGUGACUUUUAGCAUGUUGCCUCAUCUGUAUCACUCUCUCUUCACUUAUAAAUUGAGGGAUGAAAUGUAUUUAGUAAGUUCCUAGGAAAAAGCAAAGAACAUAUUGUUGGACAACAUUUCAUACACUUCCAAGCAAGAUCCACAAAAAAACAAACUGAUCUAUUUUCAUUUGUUCACAAUAAAUACACCAAUCUUAGAAGUUUAAAGCAACUCUUUCCAUGACUGACUAGAACAAUGUGAAGAAAGCUCAGGAGCACCAAUUCAAAUGACACAUAAUUAAAUUGCAUCCUAAAAAUAUUUGAUGGUAAUCUGUUUCUUUCCUCAUCACGUCUUUCAUUUGAAGUGUGGAUUUAAGAAAUAAAAAUAUGGACCCAAGUAUAAUUAAUGUUUUCAUAUUCCUGCAGAGUCCAAAGUUGACCAGAACACAGACAGCCAGCUAGCAAAAGAAGUUUGCAAAGUAAAUUGGAAAUGAACAUUGUCUUUUGGUGACGUGUUUGAAACACUGCAACAUUUGCUUUAUAGAUUGAGUUCAACAUUAUGUUGUCUCAAGUUGUAAGAUCUUCAGUGUCGAUCUUCAGGAUAAACAAGGAAGAUUGAUUAUGUGUACUAAGAGCUAGGAACGGGGAUGCCAAAGGGAUUAGAAGCUGUUAAUAGAAAGCAAAGCCAACAUUUAAAAGGUGAUAAUUUUGCAUACAUCAUCCAGCUACAUCAAGGUAACUGUACAAAUGAUGAGAGUAACUUGGGAACUUUUAUUUAUAAAUAUUUUAAUUUUUGGAAAAUAUUAAAUAUCCGAUCUAAAUAAUUGUCUGAAUGCAUGAAAUAAGUCAGCUAAUUGUGCUCUGUGAUUUCAAUAACCUGAAUUUUAAAAAUAUAAUUAAUAAUAUUUGAAGGUCUGUUUUACACUUUGCCUUUAUUGUUUUAUAAAAAAAAUUUUCCUCUUUUUUUUGAGGAAAAGGCAUACAUAUUUUAAAAGGAAGAAAUGAUUAGCAUCUCUAUUCUUUUGUUUUUGUUGCAAAAUACGGUUUCUUUUUAGGUAAGCCAACUCUCCCUUCAGAUUAGAAAACUGAUGAUGAAGCAAAAAUCUUUACACUUUGAAGUCAGAAGGAACAGCUUGCAGGGUUGACAGAGGCAAGGGGAGGGGAAUGUGCUUGGAGUUAUAAAGAAUCCAGAAACACAGCAUGAAAUUUAAGUUAGCUAGAAGGGAGGGAAGCUGAAUCCCUGAAAUUCAAAUAAUGUUAGUUAACAUUUAUUUUACUCUGUAAGUACACGUCUUCAAUUAAAGAAGUAUCAUGUUGUUCAUUAAUUUAUAAUCUGUGUGAAUUAAAAUUUAUUAAAUAUCUAGGCUUAGAAGUAAAUUGUGUGUUUGUGUGCAUGUGGGUGUAUAGUUUAGAGAAAGUGAUUGUAAGAAAGCAGCACAUGUAUUAACGAAUAUUUUGGAGGACCUCUAUCAUAAAUCAUCCACAGCUACUCACGAAAGAUUGUAUCAGACCCACUGAACAAAUAGUCAACAUGCCCCAUAAGGACUUUAGAUCAACUAUGGAUCACAUAUAUACAGUGGUCUCAUAAGAUUAUAAUGGAGCUGAAAAAUUUGUAUCACCUAGUGAGGUCGUAGCUGUCAUAACUGUGUAGUACAACACAUUACUCACUUGGUGGUGGUGGUGCUGGUGUAAAUCAACCUACUGCAUUGGCAGUGUUAUAAAACUAUAGCACAUACAAUUAUGUAUGGUAAAUAAAACUUGAUAAUGAUAAUAAAUGACUGUGUCACUGGUUGAUGGGAUAUAUUUUAUUAUUAUUUUAGAAUGUGUUCCUUCUGUUUAUUAAAAAAAAGUUAACUGUAGAACAGUCUCAGGCAGGUCCUUCUGGAGAUACCCCAGAAGAAGGCAUUGUUACCAAAAGAGUUGAUAACUUCAUGUGUACUAAUUACCCCAAAGCCCUUCCAGUGGGACAAGAUGUGAAGGUAAAAGACAGUGAUUCUGAAGACCGUGACCCUGUGGAGGCCUAUAUUUAUGUGUGCUCUUGUGUCUGAAAUACUAACAGUAAAAAUAAAAAUAAAAAUUUUAAACACUGAAAAAAAGCUUUUAGAACAAGGAUAUAAAGAAAAUAUUUGGCUGGGUGCAGUGGCUCACACCUGUAAUCCCAGUGCUUUGGGAGGCCAAGGCCAGCAGAUUGCUUGAGGUCAGGAGUUUGAGACCAGCCUGGCCAACAUGGUGAAACUGCAUCUUUGCUAAAAAUACAAAAAAUUAGCCAGGUCUAGUGGUGCACACUUGUAAUCCCAGCUAUUUGGGAGAUUGAGGCAGGAGAAUCACUUGGACCUGGGAGGUGGAGGUUGCAGUGAGUCGAGAUCAUGCCACUGAACUCCAAUCUAGGUGACAGAGUGAGAUUCUUACUCAAAAAGAAAAAACAAAGGAAAAAGAAAAUAUUUUUGUACAGCUGUACAGUGUAUUUGUAUUUUAAGCUGUAUUAUUAACAGAGUAAAAAAUUAAAACAUUGAUAAAGUAAUAAAGUUACAGUAAGCUAUUUAGUUUAUUGAAAAAAGAAAAUAUUUUAAUACAUUGAAUGUAGCCAAAGUUUACAGUGUUUAUAAAGCCUAGAAGAGCAUACAGUAAUGUCCCAGACUUUCGUAGUCACUCACACUAUUCACUCACUGACUCAUCCAAAGCAACUUCCAGUCCUUUGAGUUUCAUUCAUAGUCAGUGCCUUAUAUCAAUGGAAAAUAUUUAAUCUUUUAUAUCAUAUUUUUACUGUAUCUUUUCUAUGUUUAUAUAUGUUUUGCUACAAAAAUACCAUUGUGGGCUGGGCGUGGUGGCUCACGCCUAUAAUCCCAGCACUUUGGGAGGCUGAGGCGGAUGGAUCACGAGGUCAAGAGAUCGAGACCAUCCUGGUCAACAUGGUGAAACCCCGUCUCUAUUAAAAUACAAAAAUUAGCUAGACAUGGUGGCUCACACCUAUAGUCCUAGCAACUAGGGAGGCUGAGGCAGUAGAAUUGCUUGAACCCAGGAGGUGGAGGUUGCGGUGAGCCAAGAUCACGCCAUUGCACUCUGGCCUGGGUAACGAGAGAAACUCCAUCUCCAAAAAAUAAAAACAACUUACCAUGUGUUACCACUGUCUACAACAUUCAGUACAGGUACAUAUUCAUACAGGUUUGUAGCCCAGGAACAAUAGGCUAUCCUGUAUAUCCUACAUGUGUAGUAGGCUGUACCAUCUAUGUUUCUGUAAGAAUACUCUGUGGUGCUUGCACAAUGACAAAAUUGACUAACGAUGCAUCUCUCAAAAAUAUUCCUGUCAUUCAGUAAUGUGUGACUGUAUUUUAUAUUUUUAUUUACCUGAGGAAGAACAUUAUCUUAUGUAGAAGUAGAAUACAAAGGAGGCUAAAUCUGUUUAAUAACUCAUUAUUUGUGCCAAAAGUAUCAUCAAAUUAAAUGUUUAAAAUCAAAGAUUUCCAAAUGCUACUUAAUAGUUCAUGCUUCAUGUUUCAUUCAGCAAAACUGUUGGUUACAACAUCAAUCAGACAAAAAAGACACAUGGAAUGUGUGACUUUGGGGAUUCACGUUAUGCAUUAAAAAGAUAUAAAGAUAUAAGAAGAUAUUAAAGGAGAUAAGAGUGCAAUAUAAUGGGCCUGACUGAUGAUGAUUGAGAGUUUGUUAGAAUUGUGAUAUUAAGGCACCAUGGACAGAGAAUAUUAGACUGCAAUUUCCAAUAUGUACUGUCAAUUGAAAGUCAAGGCUGGGCACCAUAGCUCACACCCUUAAUCCCAACACUUUGGGAGGCCGACGGGGGCAAUCACAACGUCAGGAGUUCAAGACCAGCCUGGCAAACAUGGUGAAAACCUGUCUACUAAAAAUACAAAAAUUAGCUGGGUAUGGUGGUGGGUGCCUGUAAUCCCAGCUACUCAGGAGGCUGAGGCAGGAGAAUUGCUUGAAACUGGAAGGCAGAGGUUGCAGUGAGCAGAGAUCACACCACUGUGCUCCAUCCUGGGUGACAAGAGCUAAACUCUAUCUCAAAAAAUGAAAAGUCAGAUGCUUUGAAUUUUGGGUGCUAAAUUUUGUUCUGUUUGCUUCUCUAUUAGCCACUAGCCACUCCAUAAAGUCUUGCUCUAGAUUGAGUAUCAAUAAAAAUUUAAGAAUAAUUGUACAUUUUUCCCAGGAAUCCAUGCACUGCUUAUGGACUAUGAUAUAUUCUGAGAAAUGCAUCAUUAGGUAAUUUCAUUGUGUAAAUAUUAUAGAAUGUAUUUAAGCAAACCUAAGAUGGUAUAGCCUACUGCACAGCGAGGCUAUAUGGUAUAACCUAUUGAUUCUAAGCUACAAACCUGUACAUAAUUUUAUUGUACUGAAUACUGGAGGCAAUUCUAACACAGUGGUAAGUAUUGUGUAUCUAAACUUAUCUAGUUAUAAAAAAGCACAGUAAAAAUACAGCAUUAUAAUCUUAUGGAAUCACCAUUGUAUUUGUGAUUCUUUUUUGACUGAAUGUAAUGUGACACAUGACUGUAUACCCAGUCAAUUCAAAUUUUUAUGAAAUACCUUGAGUAGGCAUUCCUUACAUUUGGCAUUACAAAUUUCUUUUCAUUGUUUACAAACAGUCUUCAUUUGCAAUAACUUGUAAUAAUUCAUAAUUUACCACAACUGAAAUUGAAUCUCUGUGCCUCACAGCUAGUGAACUGGGGUCAGCUUCUUCAUCCAUUUUUUCUAGUUGGAAAUUCAUCCCAAUUUGGACUUUUAUUGUUCUCUCUUUAUCAUCUUCCAUCCAGUUACAUUCAUGACACGAUGAAAACUUUCUUGCAUUGUGAAAUACUUCGCAGACAAUAGUCAGCCAAUAAAGCUGGUGAGCAAUAAAGAGGUGGAAGAAAAUAACAAUUCUUAUCUCUCAAAUAACUUUAUACAUGAUUUUGACUUUGUGUUUUUAGAACCAUUGAGAGUCUGAAGAGACCUCUUAUAUUUUUUUCAUUCCACAUUACUGAAUUUUUAAGAAAGAAAUUAUGUGCUAUAAUAGUGUUCUUGACUUGGAGAAUUCUUGAAAGUCUCAAGGGGUAUCCCUGGAGAAUCUAAGGGUCUCCUAUAACAAGAUUAGAUUUAUGAGACACUUGUAGUUUAUAUGAAGUUUUCAAAUUCACAGUUAAUGAGGUUUCCCUGGUGGGGCCCAUACAAAUGAAGAUGUCAGAGCAAAGUGAAGCAUAAACUCCUACUGCAGUUUGGGGGUCUAAUUUCAUGAUAAUGUGGAAAGAGAGAGAGAGCAAAACAUAUAGCAACAUUUAUAUCAAUCUUCAGGAAAAGCAGAGUUAAAAUAACUUCUUGUGGUUUUUUGUAAUAGAUUAAAAAAUAAAGGUACUCAAAAAUCUAAUGAUCGAUUGGAAAAAGUAAUGGGAGAACAAUACACAAACUGUUCUUGAACCAUAGUCUGAUUUUCAGUGAUUGCCACUGCUUUAGGGUAAUUCCAGCAUGCAACAACUGUCUUAGAUCAAUGUCAUUACCAACUGCAUUGUUUUGGGAUAUAACGUCUGAAGCAGUCAAGGAGUGGAUGAGGAGAGGUAUUUGUGGACUAGUGUCCCAUUUAGGCCUUCUCUGAGGCUAUGAUAUCUCUGUAUAAACUUAAGAAACAUUUUCUUUUAUAUUUUAAUCUUAUUGAUUACAAAAGUCUGCUGCAGACAUACAUUUCAUAACAAAUUUGCCUUGUUUUAAUGUUUCUUUAGUUCCAUGCCAGAAUUAAAUGGAAGUUACUAGAGUAAAAAAAGGAAAAAAUAUACAGAAAAUGGUUUUUACCUGAUUUAGUCUCUACCUCAUAGGGGUUUUAUAAGUAUUAAAUGGGACAAAGUAUGUGCAAUGUCAGGUACCUAGUAAACACUCAGUAAAUGUUACCAGUCAUAAAGCCUUCUAUUACCAAUUUUCUGAUACAAAAUAGCUUGCACACUUUCCUAUUUCUCUUUCUAAACUUAGGAGAAAUCUCAUGAUACUCUCAUUUGUUACUUCCUUAAUUACAUCUGAUUGAACCAGAUUUUAGGAAUCUGUAAGUUAUAUGCCCUCUCUGAAUGAUCUAUUCAAUAGUAACAUAAUGUGAGCCACAAUUUCAAGUCAUAUCUGUAAUUAAAAUUUUCCUAGUGAUGAUAUCAAAAAAGCAAAAGGAAACAGGGAAAAUUAUUUGAGUGAUAUACUUUAGCCUGAUAUUUGCAAAGUAUCAUCAGUUUCAUUGAUUUACAUGUAAUCAAUGUAAAAUUAUUAGAAAAAAAUACUUUUUUACAUUUUGAAAAUCUAGUGCAUAUAUUAUACACAUCUCAGUUCAGACUAUCUACAUUUCAAGAAUUCAAUAGGUACCUGGACAGUAUAGAUUUAUAUGAAGAGAAAAUGAAAUUUAUAGUAAAGAAAAUUCUCUAUAGUUACGUGUUUUCUAUCAUUUACAAGUGGAUAACUUCUUUUCUAAAUAAGACAGGAUCGUGAUAAGUAAGGAGAGUAGCAAAGUUAAAACAAAGACUGUUUUUGUUUGUUUUUGUUUAAAGUCACUUCUAAUUAUAACCUACUUUAUUAUGCGAAAGCCUAGAUUUAGGCAGAAACACUUGUCUCAAACAGGCAUUAAUUCUUUGGGGUAUUCAAAAUUAACUUUUUUUUAAAGGAUGGUGUUAGUUAAUCAAGUUAUAGCCACAACACAAAUCUUGAUUUUUGGUGAUUCAAUGAGAUAAUGCCCACAAGAGCAUUCUGUUAGUUAUAAAGCACUAUAAAAUGCAUAGUGAGGUGGAAGACAGUGUGGUGAUUUCUCAAGGAUCUAGAAAUAGAAAUUCCAUUUGACCCAGCAAUCCCAUUACUGGGCAUAUACUCAAAGAACUAUAAAUCGUUUUACUAUAAAGGCACAUGCACAUGUAUGUUCAUUGCAGCCCUGUGUGCAAUAGCAAAGACCUGGAACCAACCCAAAUGCCCAUCAAUGAUAGGCUGGACAAAGAAAAUGUAGUUCAUAUAUACCAUGGAAUACUAUGCAGCCAUAAAAAACGAUGAGUUCAUGUCCUUUGUAGGGACUUGGAUGAAUCUGGAAACCAUCAUUCUCAGCAAACUGACACAAGAACAGAAAGCCAAACACCACAUGUUCUCACUCACAAGUGGGUAUUGAACAAUGAGAACACAGGGACUCAGGGAGAGGAGCAUCACACACUGGGAACAGUUGUCAGGGGGAUGGGGAGGGAUGACAUGGGGAGAAAUGACAGAUACAGUAUGCACCUAAAAUUAAGUAAAUAAAUUUUAAAAAUGCAUAGUGAGGAUCAAGACCAUUUUUAUCACCUAGAGAGUUAUAGGUGAGUGCACUUAAAAUAUAAUGCUUUCCCUUUCCUUUCUAAAUGGACUUCCCGUGUACAAGUUAUUCAUAGAAAUCAGACACAUUCUUUUCUUUCUUAAACUCUUAGGUCUAAAGUCAAUAGCUAAAAGGAUAAACCCAGGUUGGGAUUAAUUUUUCAAAGAGAAUACUUAAAAGCAUUCCCUUUGUCUUUCCUUUCAUUUCCCCAAUCCAAUUAUUUCAUACUUACACAAUGGUUGUUUGGGUCUCCAAUUAGCUAUCUUUUUUUCAGUGCAGAUAAAUAGCUGAUUAGAUCUUUCUUUGAUUUUUAUGAAGUUUAGUAGACAACACUGAAUGUUUAUUUCUUCCAUGUACAUAACCUAGAAAUGCUUAGAACAAUGGCAGCAAGAACAGGUAACAGAGAGGAGAUGAUAGAACUGAGAAAUUAAAGCAAGGUCAAUGCCAAUUCCAUAGGCUGAUUAUAGUUUUCACUGCAUUAUGAGUAUUAAAAACUGUUUAGACUGACUAGAGGAAAUGAUGGGGAUGGUGACAGUUAUUUUAAUUAGAGUGGCCAGGGAAUGAAGUGAACAAGACUAUGAUGUCUACUUCUGAGAGAAGAACCUUUCCAGACAGAGGGAACUGACAGUGCAAUGGCCUUGAAGUAAGAAGUUUCUUGUCAUGGCUGGAAUAGAGACGACUGGUAGUAUAGUUUAUCUAAGAGUUGGCAGAGAGCCAGAAUGCAUAAGGAAUGAUAAGCGCUUUAGAUUUCUUUUCUAAAUAAGACAGGAUGCCAAUAGAGGAUUUUGUUUUUGUUUUUGUUAUUCUUUCAGUUGUGGUAAGAAGAUAUUAGAUCUAUCAUUGUAACAAAUUUUUACCUGUACAAUAUAAUAUUGUUGAAUACAGGUACAAUAUGGUAUAGAAUAUCUUUACAGCUUAUUCACCUCCCUUGACUGAAACUUAAUUUGUCACUCCUCAUUUCACUCUCUUCCCACCUGGCAACCACCAUUCCACUCUUGGAUUCUAUAAAUUUGCCAAGUUUUAGAUACUUCAUAUAAUAGAAUGAUAAAAUAUUUAUCUUUCUAUGUCUAGCAUAUUUCAGUUAGCAUAAUAUUUUGCAGUUCAUACGUUUUGCCACAUAUUGCAGAAUUUCCUUCUUUUUUUUUUUUUGAAAGGAGAGAAGGAAAGAAAGAAAAAAAAGGAGUGAAGGAAAGGAAGAAAGGAAGAAAAAGAGGGAGAGAGAAUGGGAAUAUUGCUUUAUUCUAAAAAUGGGUCUUAAUAAUGGCCAAUCAAUAUUUUGUGUAUUUAAAGUGGAGAGCUCUAUAAAUAUUUAUUAAGUUUACUUGUUCCGGAUCUGAGUUCAAGUCCUGGAUGUCCUUAUUAAUUUUCUGUCUUGUUGAGUCUAAAUCUCUUUAUGGGUCUUAUGUAUCUGGGUGUUAGAAUGAUAAAAAUGGUCUUGAUCCUCACUAUGCAUUUUUAAAAUUUAUUUAUUUAAUUUUAGGUGCAUACUGUAUCUGUCAUUUCUCCCCAUGUGAUCCCUCCCCAUCCCCCUGACAACUGCUCCCAGGGUGAGAUGCUCCUCUCCCUGAGACAAUGUGUUCUCAUUGUUCAACACCCACCUGUGAGUGAGAACAUGUGGUGUUUGGCUUUCUGUACUUGUGUCAGUUAGCUCUUAUUGUUGCAUUGAUCCUUUUACCACUAUAUCUUUGUUGCUUUGAAAUCUAUUUUAUCAGAUGCAAGAAUUGCAACUCCUGCUUUUUAUUUAUUUAUUUAUUUAUUUAUUUUUGCUCUCCAUUUGGUUGGUAAAUCUUUCUCCAUUCCUUUGUUUUGAGUCUUUGUGUAUCUUUGGCUAUGAAAUGGGUCUGGAUGUACCACACCAUUGGGUUUUGGCUGUAUCUUUUGAUUGGGGGAUUUAGUUGACUCAAAUUUAGGGUUACUGCCAUUUGAUGUUAACUGGCUGUUUUAUCCAUUUGUUGAUGUAAAUUCUUCUUUAUGUUGAUGCUUUUUACUUUUUAGCAUAUUUUUAGAAAGGCUAAAAUAUAUUAGCCUUUCUAAUAUAUUUUAUUAGAUUGUUGGUUGUUCCUUUCUAUGUAUAAUGCUUCUUUCAGAAGCUCUUGUAAAGCAAGCCUGGUGGUAAUAAAAUCUCUGAGUACUUGCUUGUUCAUAAAAGAUUUUAUUUUUUCUUCAAUUGUGAUGCUUAGUUUGGCAGGAUAUGAAAUUCUGGGCUGAAAGUUCUGUUCUUUAAGGAAGUUGAAUAUUGGCCCCCACUCUCUUCUGGCUUGUAGGUUUUCUGCUGAGAGAUCUGCUGUAGGUCUAAUAGGCUUCCCUUUGUGGGUAACCUGACCUUUCUCUCUGGCUGCCCUUAGUAUUUUCUCCUUUGUUACAACCCUGGUGAAUCUAACGAUUAUGUGCCUUGGGGUUGCUCUUGAGGAAUAUCUUCGUGGUGUUCUCUGUAUUACCUGGGGUUGAAUAUUGUCCUGCUUUGCUAGAUUGGGAAAGUUUUCCUGAAUAAUAUCCUGAAGAGUAUUGUCCAGCUUGGAUUCAUUCUCUCUGUCACAUUCAGGUACACCUAUCAAAUGUAAAUUAGGUCUUUUCAUAUAGUCCCAUAGUUUUUGGAGACUUUGCUCAUUCCUUUUUAUCCUUUUUUCUCUAUUCUUGUCUUCUCAUUUUAUUUCAUUAAAUUGAUCUUCGACCUCUGAUAUCCUUUCUUCUGCUUGAUCAAUUCGGCUAUUCAAACCUAUGCAUAUUUCACUAAGUUCUCGUGUUGUGUUUUUUAACUCCAUUAGUUCAUUUAUAUUCCUCUCUAUAUUGUCUAUUCUUGUUAGCAUUUUGUCAAACCUUUUUUAAAAGUUCUUAGUUUCUUUACAUUGGGUUAGAACAAGUUUUUUUAACUCCCAGAAAUUUCUUAUCAUCCACCUUCUGAAGCCUACUUAUGUUAAUGGAACACAGUCCUUCUCCAUCAGGGCUUGUUCCGUUGCUGAUGAGGAACUGUAAUCCCCUGUAUAGGGAGAGGGGUUCUGAUUUUGGGUAUUCUCAGCCUUUUUAGGCUGGUUUCUUCCCUUUGUUAUAAAUUUAUCCAUCUGUCAUCUUUACAAUUACCACCUUUCUAAUUAGGUUUCUGAGUGGACGUCCAGUUUAUUGAUUCCCAGUGCUGGAAUCCGAGCAACCCACUGCACUGGCCAAAACAGCAGCAAUAAGACUGGUGGCGCUCUUCUGCCCGGGAAUCUCCAGUCUGGCUUCCUUCUUGAGUCCGUAAUAAGCGGCUCUGCCUUCCCGGAGCUCCAAACAUCGGUCAGAAAGGGAACCAGUCCCGUUUACUCUGCAUGAAGAGCUGCCUCACCGAGAUGCCAGCAAAAACCGCUGCGCUGGCCACAAGAGUGGCGCUGGCGACCCAUGGGGCUCCUCCACUUGGAAUCUUCUGGUCCAUAAGCGAUGAAAAUUCAUCUGAAAGUGUGGCGUCCUCUCGUUCUCUGCACUUUCCCUGGGAGCUGCAAUCCUGAGCUGUUAGCGAUCAGCCAUCUUGGAAUUUUUUUUUUUUUUUUACACAUUUAUUUAGAAAAGCAACAUACAGUAAUAGGUAUUUCAGAGAAUGAAACGAAGUGUAAAGAGAAAUACAAAAGACACUUAGGAGUGGAUUUUACCGUAACUGACUAGGGGAACUCUGGUGCCAGGAAGUUCACAAGUCUGUGACCACCGCUGCAGCUAUGGCCAGUUCUGUGGACUGACGUUAUGCUGUGAUUCAUUGUUCUUUCAUUUAACAAAUGUGACAGGGACUGGGCUGGGGACGCACAGGAACAAAUGGGUCUCUCUGCCCAUGGGAGCUCAGAUCUAACAGUGAGACAGAGGUGCAAACAGCUAGCAAGGGACAGUGUAGGUAGUGCCACCAAGGUGCAGGCUCAGGGUGCUAUGGGGACCUGCAAGGCCACCAGACUGAGCUUUGGGUAGCUGGGAAGGCUUCCUGGAGGAGGUGAGGCCAGAGGUGGGUAAGCCUGGGCCAGGCACGAGGCAGGCCUCUCAGCUCCCGUGUGUGGUUCCUCAAUACCCUGUGUGCAGGCCCCUCAGCUGACCUGUCUUCUGUGAAAUUCUCUAUCCCACUGUCUGUUCUAUUCACACUGUGCUUUGACUUGGUGGUCGGCUUUCAGGAACCUACAUCUUAUACUCCAAAACUUGGCUGCUGUUUCCUGGGAGGUUCUUUUUUUUUGAGAUGGAGUCUCACUCUGUCACCCAGGCUGGAAUGCAGUGGUGCAAUCUCGGCUCACUACGACACUUCCUGGGUUCAAGCAAUUCUCCUGCCUCAUCCUCUCUCUAGUAGCUGGGAUCACAGAUGCACGCCACCACGCCCGGCUAGUUUUUGUAUUUUUAGUAGAGACGGGUUUCACCAUGUUGGCCAGGCUGGGCCUCAAACUUCUGACCUCAUGUGAUCCGCCUGCCUCGGCCUCCCUAGGUGCUGGAAUUACAGGCAUGAGCCACUGCACCCAGCCUUGGAGGUUCUCUUACGCUUGGUGUUUUUCAUGGCACCUGUGACUAUGCUUUGGAUGGAGCAGCUGCCCACCUGACCCUGGCUGGGCCCAAGACCAUCAGCCCUUCUCCAGUACCUGGCUGAGGCAGGAUGAGGUGGGUGUUUGCCGUGGGUGAAAAGGGGCCAAAGACACUGAAAUGAAAGCCACAGAAACCACACCCAUGAGGCUGUUGCCUGGGCAGAGGGCUCAGAAUACUUCCUAAGUGGAGAAAGUCAAAGCACAUAGCAACUGUCUCAAGGGCACAGUCACGUGAAGGAAAGCAAGAAACAAGUAUGCUGCUGUAACCCCACACUAGACAACAGGGCACACCCUCCCUCCCUCGGUGGAACUCCCUGGGGACCCGCGGUGGCUCAGUUAAAGGUGUUGCGGAAGCUGCGCUCCUGCUCCUUGCGCCGGGCCUCACACACCUUGAUCACCUCCUCCACCUUCCUCUGCAGCAGGGCGGAGUUCUGGUUGAUCCACUGCAGUGAGUCCAUGUGCGCGUUGAGGAGCUUGCAGAUCUCCUGCAGCAGGUCGCUGGUGUCGGCAGGGGACC